CACACGUUUUUUGUACCAGGCUGUAAACAUGUUUAUUUCUGCUGUAUGGAUCGUAAUUUUUGAAUUGGUGCGUAUGUGGUUUCCGGUACUUCCGGAGCAAGCCUCAAGUGGAUCCUUGAUGAACUGCAGUUUUUAGUACUUCCACAUUGGCCUCAUAUUUUAGACUGGAGGUUGCUGCUGGCGUGCAACAAAGAGUUGAGGCCAGGAAUACUUGUAGGUUUCGUUUUCUGAAGUUUGUACACUUUGGUUUAAAAUAAAUGCACAUGGAGCGCUGGUUCGGCUCAGUUGGCAGAGCAGGCGCCCCAUGUGCAGAGUCUACAUUCCUUGUCAGACCAGUCUUAGGAUCCGAAACCAGUCCUGACAUGAUUUAGUGCAAGUCAUUUACCCCUCCUCUCUCGCCCCAUAUAAGACCUGCACUCAGUCUCUGCGGUCUGAAUGCAUCGACUCAGGAAAAGAGUUUAUGCUUUUGAACUCCUAGCUGCUGAAAAUGUGACAGCAAUGCCUCCAUGUUUUAAAAUAUAAGUUAACUUUUUAUUUCUACAAAGUCAUGCAUGCAACUGAUUUUACUUUAUUUUAUCAUUCUACAUGUGCUUGUGCUUUCAGCCUGAAGGAGAUCACAUCAUAUUCUUAGUUUUACAUGUCAUUGUACAUUUUUGAUAAAUUUCCUUCAAUUUUAGAUCCAAACUCAUUGAAGUUUAACUCUUCAGGAAUGCGUGAAUGCUGAACCUGAGGUGAGCUCUUCUUUUUCUCACUGUUGGAGAUAAUUCAGGGUAGACAACUACACUAUCAAACUGCUCCUCCAAGAGUUUGUCUCUAAGAGAUGAACGUGUCGUCCGCUAAUGUGUCUGUGAUAGUCGAGUAUAGAGACUCCUUCACUAAAGCUGUGACCAAGAAUGUGGUGGUUAUCGCUCUCAGCAUUUCCCUCAACUACAUCAACGCAGGACUCAUACAGACCUUUUGCAAACACCAGAUCUUCUACACGAACCCUCGGUACAUCCUAUUUUUCCACCUGGUUGUCAACGACAUGAUCCAGGUGACAGUCACGGUGUCCCUGUUCAUCAUCAGCUACAUCUUUUACGAAAUAAAUGUCUCCCUAUGUUCUUUCUUCAUGUUGCUGGCUCUUAUUGUCACCGAGAACACCCCUCUGAACCUGGCCUGCAUGGCGGUGGAGUGCUACAUCGCCGUCUGCAUGCCACUCCGCCACGUGCAGAUCUGCACCAUCAGGAGAACCUUGCUGCUGAUAGGUUUAAUCUGGAUGACAAGCAUAUUGUCUACUUUUCCUGACCUCUUCAUCACUUUGGCCACAGAGCAACAGGACUUCUUCAGCACCAGAGUGUUCUGCCUCAGACAAAGGGUCUUCAGAAACCCCCACAUCCUCAAGAAAAGGGACGUCACCUACAUCAUAUAUCUGGUCAUAGUUUGGCUUAUUAUCUUUUACACUUAUUUCAGAAUUCUGUUCACUGCAAAAACUGCGUGCAAAAAUGCUAGGAAAGCACGAAACACUAUCGUGCUACAUGGUUUUCAGGUGCUGCUGUGUAUGGCGAUGUACGCAGAUCCUCUGUUAAAAGGUGCUCUCCUGCAGUGGUUCCCUAAGAACCGUUCAGACUCCCUGUUUGCUUGUUAUAUCACCAUACACAUCCUGCCACGCUCCGUAAGCGCAAUCAUUUAUGGCGUACGAGACAAAACUUUCAGAAAGUACCUGAAGAGAUAUCUGCUCUGUAAAGUGAGCACUCAAUGAGCAUCAGUUCACAGAUUUAUCAACAUUUGAAAAGCUUCAUCAUGUUACAGCUAUGUUUAGACUUUGAGGGGUCUGCUUUAGGUUCAUGUUUAGUUGUAUGAUUGUGCAAAUUACAAAUUGAUUUUUGUGCAUGCAAAACUAAGCAUCAAAUCAAAUGCCAGGGAUGUGUGGGUUUAGUUGACCAAACCAAGUUGUCACUCUCAUUAGUCCCCACCACAAUCACUAUUUUGGUAAACAACCACUCAAUGGAUGGCUGGUGGUGCUAGCUCUGCUAACUUUAGCCACACUUAACAAACCUAUUUGGUUUACCAACAGAUUGUGAUCCUGCGUUUAAGCAUGUUAAAUAAACUGCUUAAUUUGA